AAGACGCCCGUUGCGUUUGAUGCGAGGAAGGGUCUAAAAAAUUGCAGAUCCAGCCAUCGGGGUUCCAUGAUUAGUUUCACUAUACGAGUAGCAGCAUAAAGCCGCAGUCCACAGAGCAGCAAAUAAAAGUCAACCAGAGAAGAGAUCAAAGAGGCGAGAUCGAGGAUGGAGAAUGUACUGUAGCGAAAGCUGAGGUGAAAGAAAGAUCACUUUAGAAGAGAGAGAGAGAGAGAAGCGAGCGCAACCAAAACCACAUCUUCCGUACCGCAUUCGUGGUAACUGGGUAACUUCCCCGGCCCAUGGCGAUCUCCGGCGACGACAGGUACGCGCCGCCCGCCGGCGAGUCCGGCAGCGGGAAGCUCUGGAACCUCUGCCGCAUGCCCUUCAGGCAGGCCGCCGGCGCGCCGGCGCCGGCGUCGUCCUCGUCCUCCUCCGGGAUCCACCACUCGGCCGGCCGCUACGGCCACGAGGCGCCCGUCGCCGGAGACGGCGGCGCUCCCGGGGCUCCGGCCGGGAUCUCGACGGUGGCCAAAGCUCUGCUGCCGGCAAGGCGCCGCCUCCGGCUCGAUCCGUCCAACAAGCUCUACUUCCCAUAUGAACCAGGAAAGCAGGUCAAGAGUGCAAUUAGGAUAAAGAAUACAAGCAAGUCUCAUGUAGCAUUUAAGUUUCAAACAACUGCACCCAAGAGUUGCUUUAUGCGUCCUCCUGGAGCUAUACUUGCCCCUGGCGAGACUAUCAUAGCAACUGUUUUCAAGUUUGUCGAGCACCCAGAGAAUAAUGAGAAUGUUCUGCAGAAGUGCAAGGUCAAGUUCAAGAUUUUGAGCUUGAAGGUCCAAGGACCCAUGGAAUAUGCUCCAGAGCUGUUUGACGAGCAGAAAGAUCAAGCAGUGGUUGAGAAGAUACUGAGGGUUAUUUUCUUGGAUGUUCAGAAUCCAGGACCUCAACUGGAAAAGCUAAACACUCAGCUAGCUGAGGCAGAGGCUGCCCUGGAGGCGCGGAAGAAACCUCCAGAAGAGAAUGGUCCUAAAAUUGUUGGUGAAGGGCUCGUCAUUGAUGAAUGGAAAGAGCGGAGGGAAAGAUACCUUGCGCAACAGCAGGUUGAAGUUGUUGACUCGGUGUAAAUUCUACCUCCUUCUGCGGGAGGAACAUAUGGCUUCAGCAAUUGUGUUGUGAUAAUUCUUGUAAACAGGCUUUGUGCUAGCUUAGAGUUGUGUGGUAGUCUAGAGUUGUGCUUGCAGGAUGAAUGAGUCUCCAGAGAACAAAGCUAACCUCAGGUUGUUUCGGUACUCGCUGUGUAACAGUAAUAACUGAUAUGUGAUGUUGGAUGCUCCGGUUGCUAAACUGGCUUGUCAGAACAAUAAAGUGCAUUCUGCUUA